GAUUCAGGCCGUCGAGGUUUGAGUUCUUGAAAGUAGAUCGUAAAGAGGUGGACGUUAGUAUCUUAUUCGUACCGGCAAAACUAACAUUUUUCGAUAAAAAGCAUUUUCGCAUAUGGGGGAUAGGCCUAAAGAACGUCAAAUACUUUUAUAUUUCUUUUUUGGAGAUGAUGAUGAAUAAUAUUCAGAUUUGGAUUUUGACACGAGUACGAACGAUUUGAACUUUUUGUGUAGAUGUUUUUUCAUUGGCCACAGAGCCAGAGGGCAGAUCAAGACUAUUUUUGAGACUCUUACGUCAAUCAUUUGCAAUCGACUACGAUAUUGCUUUGCAGCUUCCAAUUCCAAAUCCAUGCAGUUAUAAUUUCACUUUCACAGUGAAAAGAUUUUUUUUGCGUACUUGUCUAAAAUCAAGUAAGUAAGUGCUGAGUGAGUGUGCACGCACACAAUAGAAAAAGUAUUUCUGUCUAAAAAAUGCAAUUGCUACUUAACUGUUGUCUCCUCGUUUUCCUUCUUCUGUGUGCUCUUUUUCACUAGUUUCAAUCCGCAGUGCCCAUCUACUAGUACUAGCUAUCGCCCCUGACAAGUAAGUCAGUCUAAAGUCUUCAAGUGUUUAUUUCAAACGGGUUUUUGUUUGAUGAUAUGGAGUCCACAAGCAAAUCACUGUUUCAGUUUCUUCUCUGAUCUGCUUCUUGCAAAUUACUUAUCUACUCAAAAGUAAGAUGACACUAAAAUGUACCACCAAGUCGAAACACGUGAUAGCAUGAUCAUUGGGGCAACUGAGGGCGCAGGCGUCAGCGUUUUCUCUCUCUUUGCGACGAUCUUCGGCUUGGUGAUCAGAAAAAAGACAAUCUUGCAGGUCCAGGUGUCAGCUCGUCAUCUUGGUAUAAGCGGAGCUUUGUGUUUGCGUAGAGAUAUGUCUUGACAAACCACUAAGCAAUAAGAACACAACUUUUAGUAGCCUAUUGCGAAUUGGAUCAAUUUCAAUGGUUGCGGCUGUGACCAGCCGGUGUAUGCUGUUUGUGAACACAACACUAGGACUGCACAUCUACACCCUUAAGGUGAUGCGUUCUCAUAUAAUUCUCGGCCUGUUUCAGUUGUGCACAUCGUGAAGGUUUCGCAUGAUUCUCAUGCGGUUGCAAGGUUGUCAAAUGUGUGGGCCUUCUUGCUCAUGUGUAACAGCAUAGGGAUUCACAUAGAACGCGCAGGCUUUCAGUGCUGUGAUCAUUGUCACCAUAGGACUGCAAUGAUCUCCAUCCCGUUUAUGUUCUUGAUGAUCUUCGUACUCAUGACGGUACUGGGGUCAUCGUCUUCAUCUUCUUACUUUAAUCAUUUGCGGAACAGGGGAGCUGGAUCAUAUGCGUCAAUAGAUCACGCAAGUGAUUUGCCAUCCUGUGCGAUAGCUGCAACAGUAUUAGAGUGACUAUGAUAAUCACUGACGUGCGACUGCGGCGCAGAUUGACCCCCACGAAAGGACACUUGCCACCUGCCACCUUCUGCGAAAGUGUCCUCGUUAAUCCUCGCUUUGUCCCGUACGGGCGGACCUAAGCAAUCAUUUAGCACGACUGCAUCAUCUGAAAGAAAAAAUAGAUUAGCAUUAGCAACACAGGCCACGAAAAUAGUAAAGAUCUUCCCGUCUUCCACUUCCACUUACUUACUCACAACAAGUUGUAAAGUUUUCUGUAUCUACACUAGUAUCUACCGUCAUCACAAUUAGAGCCUCGCUCUACCUCUAGUGUUUUCGGCAGCUUCCACUUGAACUCGCCUGCCUUUCCCCGCAGAACACAGAAUCAUGCCGCAGCAGCGCGACGGCCAGUCGUACAUGCAGGUGGUGGUACCACGCAACUGCAAACCAGGAUCCACCUUCAACGUCAAGACACCCGAUAAGCAAUGGAUGCAGGUAUCGCAAAAGAUUGCUACCCAAGAAGAACAUAAUGGCUGUAGAGGUCCUGUUUGAAAAGCAAACUGCAAGAACACAGUAAAACAUUUAACGAACUUGCCAUCAGGAGCUAGGUUUUAUUGGAACAAUUUCGAUAAAGCAUCAGAUGAUUCCCACAGACAACGAAAAAAUCGGCCUUGUGCUUAUGUUUAUUCGCCAUUUGUAUCGAGCAGGUAACAGUCCCGCCAGGUGCAAGACCAAAGCAGAAACUGGUCAUGGCUUACGAGCCACUAAACGGGAAAGCGGCAUCCGGAUCCGACUCUACUGCGGCAGCAGGUAAAUCAGGCGCUACAUCUUCCAAUAGUACGACACCAUCACAAACUCCGAAAAACAGGGGGGGUGCUCAAUCAUCGCAGCCGAGUACGCCAAGACCCGGCAGUGCGCGACGAAACAGCCAAGUGAAGCCGCCAUCUGACGCUUUUCUCGAAGAACAACGGAAAGCCUAUGAGGCUCUCCAAGACAAAUUCAUGAAGAAAGAGAAAGACAGCGUCGUUGUGGAAGUACCACCACAAGCAAAAGCUGGGGAUUUGGUACUUCUAAAGAGCACAACUUACGUUCGUCUUAUUACUCAUAAAGAAGAUGGUCAGAUGAAAAGUCAACACGAGUUGUCUCGAUUUUUCAAUCUUAUCCAACAUUGCAAUUAAGAGAACAUCAAAACAAACUUGUGUUGGAAGAUGUGCCCAAAUGCAGACGAUAGAAUACAACUUAAUCCUCCAUUCACAAUACAUAGUACUGAAUCCUCUCACGAUGCUUUACGACAGGUCCAAAUCCGGAUCCAAGGGGGACAACUGUUGCAAUUUGCAGUACCGGAAGGUCUAGAUGAGAAUCAGCGAUUUGUAAAUAUGGCGUACGAAUUCCAUGUGAAGCCUGUCGCUGCACAUUGACGCGAGUGUUUCAGCGCCCCCUGGCGACGACGUGAUCAUCAAUCAUGCUCACAUACUUACAACUUACACAUAAAAACUCUGAUGUAUGCUUCAUAUUGUACGCUCUUUUUGUUUUUUUGGAUAUGUUGACUUGGUGUAUCUUAUCUGUCAUUUUGGAUCGCAGAGGAAGAAAGAGUGGCUGGCACAUAGACGCGGCAGAUCCUCGUCUAAAAAAGAUCAAGGUAUUCAGCUUAAGCUACAAUUAUUUGACCACAAUUGCGAAAAUGAGUUUCUAUUUGUUUACGGAAACACUAAAUUCUGUAUCCUUGAGACAGACACAGACGUUCUGUAUUUAAGCAUUUUGCGCUUAUGUGGUUUUCUGUACUGAGAUAUCAGUGAGAGUUCAUCUGCCUACACACUAAUCAAGGACGCCGGUCUGUUUUCAAUCGAGUAGUUUUGAUGAGG